CCGGGCAGGAUUUGCAGUUCGGUCCGGGACUGGGCGCCGAAUCCGCCGAUCCUGGGGAAGGGCAUACAGGAUCCCUUGGAUCCCAGGAGGGGCUUGGGGGCCCGAGCCGGGAUUUCCCAAGAUCCCGGGAGGGACUUGCAGGGUCUCCAUCUUCGAGAGGGGGCGCUGGAUCCCGCGUCUCGGGCGCUGCUUCCCCGGGAAGUUUCAAGUUUGAAAGGGCAGUUGGAGGGGCCGGGGCUUCCGGAGAAGCCGCAGCUGCGGGGCCCGAGCUGCUGCGGGCAACAUGGGGGACUCGCGGCAGGGGAGUUCCUCGGUGAAGCUGGGGUCAGGGGAGGGCUUGCCGGACCCUAGUUCCCAGCAUCGGCUGGAAGGUGAGAAGGAGGUGAUUCGAAAGGCCAUUCAAAAAGAGCUGAAGAUCAAAGAAGGUGCUGAAAACCUACGCAGGGUCACCACUGCCCGGCGAAACCUGGGCCAUGUGGACCAGCUGCUCCGCUCCUCCAACCGCAGACUGGAGCAGCUCCACUGGGACCUGCAAGAGCUCAAUGCUCACAUUUUGCUUCCUGAUGAGGCCCAGAGCCCUGCUGCCUCUGAGCCUCACCCAAAGGAGGAAAAGCCGGUGACCAGACAUCUGGAAGCCUUGAGGAAGCAGCUGCAGAUAGAGCUGAAGGUGAAACAGGGAGCAGAGAACAUGACGAACACCUAUGCCAAUGGCAGCCCAAAGGAGCGCAGGCUGCUGUCAGCUGCUCAGCAGAUGCUUCGAGACAGCAAGGUGAAAAUCGAGCUUCUCCGAAUGCAGAUUGGGAAGCUGGCAGCCUCUGGGGAGGCUCUGGCAACAGGGCCAGAACAGCGCAGGGAGCUACGGGCUGGGGACCUUCGUCAUCGGUUUCGGAUUGAGACAGCUGUAGCAGAAGGUGCCAAGAAUGUGGUGAAACUGCUGGGAGGCCGGAGGCUGCAGGACCGUAAGGCCCUGGCAGAGGCCCAGACUCGACUUCGAGAGUCCUUGCAGAAACUGGACCUCUUACGUUUGGCUCUGGAACGGCUAAUGACAGAACUUCCUCCAGCUCACCCCCUCCGAAUCCUUGUGGCCCGAGAGUUACGGGAGGGCAUGCCGGGGAGUCCCCAGCCUGCUGGGUCUCUCAUCAAACCCAUAGCCCUCACAGGGACCCUGGAGGUUCGGCUCACAGGAUGCCAGGAGUUGUUAGAAGUGGUUCCUGGCCGAUCUCGUGUGGCUGCAUUGGUGGGUAGCCCAGGAGAAAGUCGGCCAUGGGGCUGGGGCAAACAGCAGCGUGUUGAGGAACUGACCAAGGAGGUUCUGGCGGUACUGAAGGUGGAUAAUCGUGUUGUGGGCCAGACGGGCUGGGGGCCUGUGAGUGCUCAGGCCUGGGACCAGACUUUCCUGAUCCCCCUAGAACGGUCUCGUGAAUUGGAGAUUGGGGUACAGUGGAAGGACUGGCGGGAGCUGUGCGGUGUAGCCUUCUUGAGGCUGGAAGAUUUCCUGGACAAUGCCCGCCAUACGCUAGCCUUGGCUUUGGAGCCUCAGGGCCAGCUUUUUGUGGAGGUGAUGUUCUGUGACCCUGUUAUCGAGAGGAGGCCUCGGCUUCAGAGACAGAAGUGCAUCUUCUCCAAACACCGAGGUCAGGAUUUCCUCCGGGCCUCCCAGAUGAAUAUCAGCAUGGCUGCAUGGGGUAGACUAGUCAUGAGCCUGCUGCCUCCCUGCAGUUCCCUGAGUACCCUCAGCCCUCCUGGGGGGCGGCCUUCCCCAACCUCCCCGCAUGACUCCCCAGGCUUCUCAUCCCCCAGUUCCUUCCCUCUGACAAAGCCUCGGGUUCAGGAGGUCCCACCACGGAAGGCCCCUGCAGGGGACCAGGUGCCACCAAAGCCCCCACGUCUCCACCUGCCCCUGGAUUCAGCUUCUGUGGAGUCACCGUGUACCAAACGUCCCCAUAUGGAAUACAGGAACAGUCUGAGACAGAGGCCAUGUGCCACACCCACCAGGAAACCUCCCCAGUUCCAAGACUUCUGUUGUGUUGCUGUGCUGGGCCGUGGUCAUUUUGGGAAGGUCCUCCUUGCUCAGUAUAAGAAGACUGGGACAUUCUAUGCAAUCAAGGCACUGAAGAAGCAGGAUGUCUUGAGUCGCGAUGAGCUGGAGAGCUUGUACUGUGAGAAACGGAUUCUGGAGAUGGUGGGCCACUCUGGCCACCCCUUCCUGCUCUCCCUACUGGCCUGCUUCCAGACUCCCAGCCAUUUUUGUUUCAUGACCGAGUUUGUACCUGGAGGCGACCUGAUGAUGCGAAUACACACUGAUGUCUUUCCUGAGCCCCAAGCUCGGUUUUACCUGGCCUGUGUAGUCCUGGGCCUGCAGUUUUUGCAUGAGAAGAAAAUUGUUUACAGGGACUUGAAACUGGAUAAUCUCCUCCUGGAUGACAAAGGUUUUCUCAAGAUUGCUGACUUUGGGCUGUGUAAGGAAGGGAUGGGUUUUGGAGACCGUACCAGUACAUUCUGUGGGACGCCAGAGUUCCUGGCGCCUGAGGUGCUGACGGAUGAAUCAUACACACGAGCAGUGGACUGGUGGGGGCUGGGUGUACUGCUUUAUGAGAUGCUGGUGGGUGAGUGCCCAUUCCCUGGGGACACAGAGGAGGAGGUGUUCGACUGCAUUGUGAAUGAAGAAGCUCCCUAUCCCCAUUUCUUGUCUGUGGAGGGACUUGCACUCAUUCAGAAGCUACUCCAGAAGUGUCCUGAGAAGCGUUUGGGGGCAGGCCGACGGGAUGCAGAAGAAAUCAAAGUCCAUCCUUUCUUCAGGUCCACAGAUUGGGAGGCUCUGCUUUCUUGCCGGGUCCAGCCUCCCUAUGUGCCACUGCUUCGUGGGCCUGCUGACCUACGCCACUUUGACCAAGAAUUUACAGUGCUGCCCCCAGCCCUGACACCUCCUGACCACCACUGUCCACUCAGUUCCCGACAGCAGGCUGCUUUCCGGGGCUUUGACUUUGUCUCAGACCGAUUCCUGGAGGUCUGAGCUCCGAGAAGGGGCAGCCAUCAGGGUUUACAAAGAGAGCCUGGGGGGAGGGGGAAGCCUAGUAGGCCUUCUCUGUGUACUUUAUGUGCCCUUGUUAGGCCCUUUGCUCCUCUGUGGCCAGACCCCAUCUUCCACUCACCUUGAAGCUUUAGGAAUAAUUUCCCACAAUUUUUGCACUGUUUCUUCCUCUUGAAGCUAUUGGUUAUCAUCCAUCACGGGGAAGGGAAUCAUCUCCCUUAUUUAUGAACCCUAUUCUGGCCCCAAUAAUUC